ACCGCAUAAGGUCACACUGUUUUUUUUGUUUCUUGGUUCUGCGUUUUUUCUGUUUGCGGCGACGGCGGCGCUUUUGAAGUGCUAUUUUCAAGUGCUGACAAUUGUUUACAUUACGCGCAGCCAUCUUGUGCAGUCCAAGCGAACGCCGGGCAGUGAACCAGUGCGCUCCACACCCUCGAGCAGCCAAGAUGUCGGGCACCAUACUGGAGAAUUUGAGCGGCCGGAAGCUGUCCAUAUUGGUGGCCAGUUUGCUGGUGUGCCAGGUGCUGUGCUUCCUGUUGGGCGGUCUGUAUGCCCCCCUGCCCGCCGGCCAUGUCACCGUGCUGGGAUCGCUGUGCCGCGAGGACCACGGCCGCCAGAAUGACACCGGAUUCCUGUUGUAUUCCCGGGGUGCAGGUGCCUGCAUCCCGGUGACGCGGGACGAGGUGGAGCGGGACUCCAUGAAGAUGGCCAACGAGUUGGUGCACGUCUUUCAGAUGCCGCUGCCCCGGGACCUGCGCGACCUGGACUACUCCCGCUGGCAGCAGAACCUCAUCGGGGUGCUGCAGGUGGAGUUCGGCUACGAUUCCUCCUCGGAGCUGAGGGAACCGCCCCGGGAACUGCAGCUGACCAUCGACAUGCGUCUGGCCUACCGGAACAAGGGCGAUCCGGACAACGGGUGGAAGCUGUAUGCCCACGGCGUGGAGCAUCGCUACCUGGACUGCGUGACCUCGCAUGUGGGACCCACGGAGACGAUCUACUCCUGCGACAUGAUACCCCUGUUCGAGCUGGGCGCCCUGCACCACAGUUUCUACCUGCUGAACCUGCGCUUCCCGCUGGACACGCCACGCCAGACGAACCUGCAGUUCGGCCACAUGCACGACCUCACACUGACCGCAAUCCAUCAAAACGGAGGAUUCACCCAGAUCUGGCUGCUGCUCAAGACGGUGCUGUUUCCCUUUGUGGUGGGCAUCAUGAUCUGGUUCUGGCGCCGGGUGCACCUGCUGCAGCGAUCGCCUGCCCUGCUGGAGUACAUGCUGAUCUAUCUGGGCGCCGCUCUGACCUUCCUCAACCUGCCGCUGGAGUACUUGUCGCUGGUCUUCGAGAUGCCCUACAUGCUCCUGCUGAGUGACAUCCGCCAGGGCAUCUUCUACGCCAUGCUGCUCUCCUUUUGGCUGGUCUUUGCCGGCGAGCACAUGCUCAUCCAGGAUUCGCCGAACAAGUCAACCAUCCGGUCGCGCUACUGGAAACAUCUCUCCGCCGUCGUGGUCGGCUGCAUUUCGCUGUUCGUCUUCGACAUCUGCGAAAGGGGUGUGCAGCUGCGCAAUCCGUUCUACUCCAUCUGGACAACUCCGCUGGGCGCAAAGGUGGCCAUGACCUUCAUCGUGCUGGCCGGCGUUUCGGCGGCCAUCUACUUCCUCUUCCUGUGCUACAUGAUCUGGAAGGUGUUCAGGAACAUUGGCGACAAGCGCACAUCUCUGCCAUCCAUGUCCCAGGCGCGUCGACUUCACUACGAAGGCCUGAUCUACCGCUUCAAAUUCUUGAUGCUGGCCACCCUUGUUUGUGCUGCUCUGACUGUGGCCGGAUUCGUCAUGGGCCAAAUGGCCGAGGGUCAAUGGGAUUGGAACGAAAACGUACAGAUUCAGCCAACCUCCGCCUUUCUGACCGGCGUGUACGGCAUGUGGAACAUCUACAUCUUCGCCCUGCUCAUCCUGUACGCCCCCAGUCACAAGCAAUGGCCCACCAUGCACCACAGUGACGAGACCACGCAGUCCAACGAGAAUAUCGUGGCCUCGGCCGCCAGCGAGGAGAUCGAGUUCAGCCACCUGCCAUCCGACUCCAAUCCCAGCGAGAUCUCUUCCCUCACCUCGUUCACCCGGAAGGUGGCUUUUGAUUAGGCGAUGACACUCGGAAUAACGAUUUCCAUUAGGUUGUGUGCCAAACUGCGAUCACGAUUUGGCCUGCAGCCGGAACGCUCCAAGUGUGUGCUUAUUUUAUUACCAUAGUCAGUAGCAUUUCUUGCCUAGUUUUGCAUUCUGUGCAUUUGUCAACGCGAUCAGCAUUAUUACUUAUCAUUAACGUAUAGAUUGUCUAGUUUCUUUUAGCAUGCUCAAAGUGUACGAUUUUACUAACUAUAUUUUGUAUGUAUGCCUCGGCAGUAUUAUCUAUUGAAGUCCAUUUUUUUAGCUCGUAAGUUUUAACAUAUUUAUCAAAAAACAUUUUAUACACAUACACAUUUUAGUGUGAUCCGAUUUUAUUUGACAAAAGAAAUUGUAUCAACUUUGUCUUGCCAACUUCCAUGUCCAAUAUCAGAAAGGCCAAAUUGUCCAGAGAAUACAUAUAACUGAUACAUCUUUAAAUUUACUAUACAUUGAGCCCACUCUGGCCAGAAUUUUUCAACUAAAACGUAGAGCAAUUUCUUAUUCAAGUAGCAAUGCAUCAAAUAAAAAGCAAUAUUGAAAA